AUGGGUCUGAAACUGCUGCUCUGCGCCGCGCUACUCGCCAGCACCUGCCUGGCCCAGACUAACGAGAGGGAGGAGAUGACCAUCUGGGGCAACAAGCUGCAUGCCCAGCUGUCUGCAGGCGACAUCGAGCUGCUGAAGGGGAAGAUGAGGGAUUCGGAUUUCGUGAACGGCCCGAAAGGGGUGCACCUGUUGUCGUGGCUCAGCACGAAGGGGUUGAUCAACGAGAUCCCGCAGCCGCUCGCCGACGCCAUGUCGCUUGAGGAUCGCCCUACUCGCACGUCGAAGGUCGAGAGCCUGGUGGGCGUGACUUGGGAGGCGUUGAAGUCCCGGAUCGCAAUUGGCGACGACACGUUCAAGCCCAUCAUCCCGGUUGAGACUGCACCGCCGCCGACGAAUCAGCCGUUACCGGCUGAGGCGCCGAAAUCAGGAAACACGAACAUCGCCGACAUGCAAAUGGCCCAAUGGGGCGAACACCUCGCCCGCGUCGUGCCCGAGGCCGACAAGCAGGCCCUCGCUAACGUCAUCCGCAGCGAGCCGGGCGUGCUGCAACAGGACCGCCUCUUCGAACUGACCAUCGACAUGUUGAAGCACAAGGCGAUCCCGAUCGAGCUGCCGCCCGCUCUGCGCCAGACUACGAGCAUCCGGGACCCAAGGAAACGCCUGCACGUCAUCGAGCGCUUCAUGGAGAUUGCCGUCACGGCGAUGCUGGGUUGCCCGUCGCAAAUCGUCUUGGAGGGCCGCUUCCCGCUCCCGCUAUCCAAGAUUCCGGAGUGCGAGGAGAACGUGAACGUCCAGAACCGCCAGCCGGAGAGCAAGAAGGCCGUCCUUCGGCGCCUGCACGCGCUCACCCAACAGCUGCUCAAUGGCGAGGAGAACGGGCAGAACGCCGCCCUCACCCCCGCCAGCCAGGUGGCCGCCACGCUGUUCGAGCUGACGCACGGCCCGGCCAAGUGGCAGAACCUUGGACCCGAGGAACGCCAGCGCUUCUUCAAGGGGGUCGCCCGGAAGAUCGUCUCCCUUGGCACAGCCCCCAGCCCGGUCGACCUCCUUGUGGCCGAGACGAUGAAGCUUGUCAGCUGCGGCGAGCCCCAGAUGCCGCCCUUUCGAGUUUCGUGCGCCGAGCUGGCGAAGUUCCACGAAUCUGCUCUGACUCCUGAUGACGACCAGCGUCUCAUCAACGGCGUCAGCGAGGAGUUGGCCAGCGCCGUCCAGGAGGGUCGGCUGAAGACGAAGGAUGACGCCAUCGCCAUGAGCCAGCAGCUCGUCCAAGAGCUCUCCGGUCAGGCCGCCCUCCGCGCC